UUACAAGUACUCAUAAAACCACAAGCAAAUAUAUCAAUUACAAAAACACACACCACAAAAUAGAUUUGUCAAUCCAAAUGAAUAGAAAGGGUUGUGACAUUGAAGCAACAGGCAUCAAUUACACAAUCUAUACUCAAAAACCACAACCCCCUUUUAAGAUCUUCAACAAAGACCAACAAUUCAUUGAAUUACAACCUCAACAACAACAACAACAUCAUCAAGAACAACGACCCGUUUCCAAUAACGACCCGGAUCCAAGAGCACGUCGGGUUCUUCGUGAUGUAACAUGCCAUGCAAAGCCAUGGGAGGUCCUUGCCAUUGUGGGUCCAAGUGGUGCUGGGAAGUCAUCACUUCUUGAGAUACUUGCCGGCAAAAUCACCCCACAAACGGCAUCUAUUUAUGUUAACCGAAAACCGGUUGACAAAUCAAGAUUUAAAAGGAUUUCGGGCUAUGUAACUCAAAAGGAUACCUUGUUUCCACUUCUCACUGUUGAAGAAACCCUAGCUUUUACAGCUAAGCUCCGCCUGAACCUUCCCAAACCUGAGCUGAGUUCCAGGGUCAAGUCAUUGAUCCAGGAACUCGGUUUAACCCAUGUGGCAAAUGCACGGGUUGGGAAUGAUCAGGUUCGGGGGAUUUCAGGCGGAGAGAGACGUAGAGUCUCUAUUGGUGUUGCAGUUGUUCAUGACCCGGGAGUGGUGAUUCUGGAUGAACCCACUUCCGGGUUAGACAGCAACUGCGCUUUUCAAAUCAUAGAUAUGGUCAAGACAAUGGCUGAGACACGUGGCAAGACGGUGAUUCUUAGUAUUCACCAGCCAGGAUUUAGAAUUAUCAAGCUUUUUAACUCUAUAUUACUAUUAGCAAAUGGGACCGUUUUGCACCAAGGAAGUGUUGAUGAGCUUAGCUGCUCUUUACGCCUCAUUGGGCUUGUACCACCUCUCCAUGUUAACAUAGUUGAGUUUGCUAUAGAUUCAAUUGAUUCAAUACAACAACAAAAGAAGCAAAAGACUACGAAUAAUCAUGAACAAGAAAUUAGUCCUUCAACUAACAAAAUCACUCAAGGUAAGUUCACUUUACAACAACUCUUUCAACAAUCAAAAGUAAUAGAUAUUGAUCAUGAUCAAGAAGAUAAUGAACAAGAACAUGAUUACGAACACAAACAACAAAUUCGAGAUGACUUUGUGAAUUCUAGAUUUUAUGAAACAGUAAUCUUGACUCAUCGAUUUUGGAAGAACAUUUUUCGGACAAAAGAGCUUUUUGCUUGUCGAACCCUUCAAAUGCUUAUAUCGGGUUUGGUUCUAGGCUCGAUUUUUUACAAUCUAGACAUGGACUUAAUCGGAGCCGAAGAAAGGGUUGGUUUAUUUGCCUUUAUAUUAACAUUUUUGUUAUCAACUACCGUGGAAGCUUUACCGGUUUUCUUGCAAGAAAGGGAAAUACUAAUGAAGGAAACUUCAUGUGGAAGUUAUCGAGUCUCAUCAUAUGCAAUAGCAAAUGGGCUAGUAUACUUACCAUUUUUGCUACUACUCGCUUUCUUAUUUGGCACACCUUUAUAUUGGUUAGUUGGGUUAAACUCUAGUUUAUUGGCAUUUUCGCGGUUUCUCCUCUUGAUUUGGUUAAUUCUCUACACUGCAAAUUCGGUAGUGGUGUGUUUUAGCACACUGGUACCGAAUUUCAUAGUAGGGAAUUCAGUGAUAUCGGGCGUAAUGGGUUCAUUUUUCUUAUUUUCGGGUUAUUUUGUGUCCAAGCAAGGCAUGCCAAAGUAUUGGAUAUUCAUGCAUUAUAUCUCAUUGUUCAAGUAUCCAUUUGAAGGGUUGUUGAUGAAUGAGUUCUCUAAUGAUGAAGGGAGAUGUUUAGAGUACUUGUUUGGAAAGUGUUUGGUGAGUGGUGAAGAUUUGUUAAAGGAACAAGGAGGAUAUGGGAAGGAAGGUAAGUGGAAAAAUAUUGUGAUUAUGGUGUGUUUUAUUUUGGUUUAUAGGUUUAUUGCAUAUGUGAUUCUUAGGGUUAGAUGUUCCCAAAAGGGACUUAAAGGUGCCCUUCUUUGAUUCUUGAACGUUUUUAGUCUUUUAUAUCUUGAAAAUUUGGAUGUCAUAUAUUGAGUUUGUGUUGGUUUA